CAAAUUCAUUUUUGUUAAACUGCUUCACAUUUGGGGCUUCGACUGAAGGAGAUAGGUUUCUCAGUUCUCAUAGUCACCGAGCAAGAGAGAGAUGGAUCCAGAGGCAGUUAAAUCGAGACUUUCCAAUUUAGCCUUUGGAAAUGUAAUGGCAGCUGCUGCUCGUGAUUACCAGAAGGAGUUGAUUGCUCAAGAAAAAGCUCAGGCAUCCUCUACUUCCAACCAGGAGGUUGAUUUUGAUGAGUUGAUGGAUGACCCAGAGCUGGAAAAAUUGCAUGCAGACAGGAUUGCGGCCCUCAAGAAAGAAGCUGAGAAGCGGCAAGCUUUGAAGAGGCAGGGUCAUGGAGAAUACAGGGAGAUAUCUGAAGGGGACUUCUUAGGUGAAGUUACUGGUAGCGAAAAUAUAAUCUGCCACUUUUACCAUCGGGAGUUCUAUCGUUGCAAGAUAAUGGAUAAGCAUUUGAAGUCUCUUGCUCCGAGGUACAUUGAUGCCAAGUUCAUCAAGCUGGAUGCUGAGAAUGCACCCUUCUUUGUUGCCAAGCUAGGAAUCAAAACUCUGCCGUGUAUCAUAUUGUUCAGAAGAGGGAUUGCAAUAGAUAGGCUGAUUGGCUUCCAAGACCUGGGUGGCAAAGAUGAUUUUACAACAAAUACUUUAGAGAAUGUACUCCUGAAGAAAGGCAUAAUUAGUGCAAAGAAAGAUGGAGAGGGUAAUGAAGACAAUGACGACAUUGACACAAGCAGGUCAAUUCGGUCCUCAGUUCAGGCGGAUUCUGAUUCAGAAUGAAUAAAAAAUAGAAAUGUUGUAUUUUUUCACUUCAUUGGUCGUGCAACGUUUAAAAUACUAGCCGUUUGGCUUAUCACUUCAAUGAUCCUCUACUCUUAAAUUCAUAUUUUGUAUAAUCACCAUCCUUUCUAUUCUUCAUAGUGUUCAUUUUGCUUUAUAAA